GUCCCAAACGGUGGCGUUUCAUUCAUAAAUACUUUUUUUUUAGCUUUAUAAAGAACACAUUGAAGUGCUCACAGGAGUGUUUUGUGUUGCUGCCUUCGACCCCUCCACCUCCCGUAUGGACCAGGCUGGUCGAGUAGCCAUGCAGCGCUUUCGUCCCGUUGCUCCAAGGCCAGCGGGCCGGUCCUGAGGGGGAAGCACUGCUGCUCUGGCUCAGUCGGCUGAGGAUGCAGCAAGGGAGCUGAGGAGGAGAGUCCUGAGCUAUACAGCCUAACUCACUCACUCACACGCACACACACACACACAAAUCCAGAGCUGCUGCUGCUGCUGCUGUUGCUGCUGCUGCUGCUGCUGCUGCGCGCUGCCCUCCAUCAGGGUAAGAUCACUGGGCUGGCAGAAAGCAGGAUGUGGUGCAGCAAUAUACUGCAAAGCAAACCAUUCUUUCUUAGAUGGCUUACAAGUGUAUGGAAGUCAGAUGGGAACUAGGUAACAGAUUAAAGCUUGUGUUGCUGAAGUUGAGUGCUGCAGUGAUUGACUGGCAAGCAAGAAGAGCUGAAUGCUGCUGGCAUGUUGCUUCUUCCUCGCUGGGGGGACUCUUUAGCUGGCCAGGACCAUGAGCAAUAAGUCUACCGUCUGGAACAUCCUACCAGAAAACUCCACAGAGAUCCCACUUGAGCCUGAGGAGCAGCCGGAUGGCCACGUGCUCCUCCUGGUGAUCCUCUCUGCCUUUCUGGUAGGAACGCUGGUCAGCAUCUCUGUCUUCCUCAUCGUUUGCCGCCGCUGCUGCUGCCGAGGAGGGCGCCUCUGUGACAGGGCCGACGAUGACCCCGAGAAAACUGCCCCUUAUAUGGAGGAGUCUCAGCCCACCCCUGAAAUCACUAUCAAGUUGGAUGAGUCAGACUGCCUGUCCGUGGCCAGCUCUCACAACCAAGAGACAGAGCGCUUCCUGUCCACCGGCCCCACAGGCCGCCGUGUCUCCUUCAAUGAAGCUGCUCUCUUUGAUCAUGGCAAGAAAACCCAGGAGAAGGGCCGCAGGUACACUCUGACCGAAGGCGACUUCCACCACCUGAAGAACGCGCGGCUCACAAACCUCAACAUCCCCCCGCCGGCACUCAAAAUCGUCACGAUUCACGAGUGUGACUCGGCUGAAAACACCAUCACGUCAACCACUCGUCCUGUGGCUAAAUCAGCUCUUUCCAUAUUCCAGCCAAUGCUUUGCCCCCUGCCACAAACGCCGCUGAUCAAUUUAAGCGUGAAUCCCAGCUGUGCCCUCCCCGGGGAUGCCCUCAAUUCUGUUGUUGACACCAGCUUCUGUGAGAAAUCUGCAGCUCUCGGCUCAACGAAGCCGACCUCCAGCUCUAUCGAAAUGAUGCGAGCGAGGCCCCGGGACAGGGGCAGCAGCGUCAGCGUAGGAGAGGCAGCGCCGACGAUGGGGAACAGCGGUGCGGGCCCCACCUGUGGCAUCGCGGGAAGUCCGAGGCCCGUCCUGCAGUUUCUCACCAAACUUCGGCGCCACGCUAGUCUGGAGGGGGCCAGCCCCUACUUCAAAAUUAAAAAGUGGAAGCUGGACAGCAGCCAAAGAGCAUCCAGCCUGGACACGAGAGGCUCUCCCAAGCGGAGGCAGUUCCAGCGCCAGCGAGCCGCCAGCGAGAGCAUGGACCAGGACGACAAUGACUCUCACCACAUAGACCUCAUCCAGUACAUUGCCCGCACCCAGGAUGUCCCCUACUAUCAGAGCCAGCCCACCACACGCCUCCUGUCACCCCCAUCCACACCACCCCCCUCCCUCGGCAGGGUAGAGGUAGAGGUGGUGGUGGAGCCCAGCUGCAGCCGUGGCGGACCGGGGGUGAUUGGCUUGUCCCCUGAUCCCCAAGAAGAGACCCUCUCUGUGGUGAGGAUGGAAGGCGGCUACUCCCCAGACUCCUUCCAACCCCAGGAUUCACAGUCACUUUACCGAGACAUCUGGACACUGCGUGCAUCGCUAGAACAGUACGCUGCCUCCGACCAGAGCAGCAACAACGACAGGAACUCGGUUUGCAGCGAUGCUGACAGUGUUUGUUCGCUGAGUGUACGCACAGACGCUGAAAGAGGAGGGCUUCCCAGUUACCCGUCCCAGGACCUGGGCGAUGAGGCGGAGGGUGGAGAGGAGGACAAGGACUUCUUUGCUUAUGCAGAUGAGAAGUUGGGGAUGCAAGAGUCACUAAAGAGAAAACACGGUAGCACAGAAUCAGAGCGUGGGAGUAGUGAUGGAGAAUCGGGGACUCGUAAACUGUUACAGAUGGACAGCGGGUAUGCGUCAAUAGAGGCUCCGUCUCGAGGUCCCGAGGAUCUGAGGCUGUUUAGCAGCAGCAGCAUCACCGACAGCCCUAAAGACAGAACUGCCCAUGAGAAAAGGCAUCAUUUCACCAAUGCGGGGCGAACGGGCACUAUCGGCGAGAGCUUCGAGUCUCAUCUCUUCGAAGAGGAACCUGAAGAUGAGUUGUUGCUGGGUGCCAGUGGAGGAGUUCCCAUGGAGAUAGGUGCUAGCGCUUUAAGCUGGCUGCCAUAUGGUCAGAUGCUCAACCCUCGAGAGGCUGCACAGCCUCCAGCUCAACCAAUAACCCUUCAUCGGCGUGACUACAGCAUAGACGAGAAAACAGAUGCGCUCUUCCAUGAGUUCCUCCGCCACGAUCCUCAAUUUGACCUGCAGGAGUCGCCAAGAAAACACCGCUCCCGUGUUCACCUCCGUAAGCAGUGGCAGCGCCACAAACAGUGGAGUGACCCCGGAGUAAGACACUUCCAGACCUCCUUUGAAAGACACCGUGUCCCACUGCGGAGGGGAGAAAGCGUAAACUACCCCUUGGACACGAGCUACCACAGCACACUGCCCCGCAUCGUCAGCGCGCCUGACGAGGAGACCAGCGACGGAACUGGCAGCACUCCUGACACCCCAAAGGUUGAGCCAACGUCUACUGAGUCUGAGUUGAGGAACAAGAAACUUACGGUCACAGAUUCAGAGGAACGCACAUCCUCCUCUCUUCCACCUCUUCAGCCCUCAUUGUUUGAAAAAGAUGGAGGGCUGGUUGAGCAACUUGACACUCAGGAGGACAGCAAACAAUGCGGGCACCCUCCUGAGCCCCCGGACGAGCGCUCACCUCCUCACCCGCCUAACUCCUCGGGUUACGGCCCUCAAACUAUCACAGCAGAGCUCACGGACAAGCUGACUUCUAACCUGGACGAGAGGCUGUAUGCGGCCCUUCGCCGGACCAAGGACGCACCCACCGAGUGUGUAACCGUAACAGCCGCAUAUGCCUCCCCAGACCACAGCCCAGUGUAGCAGGGCUCCAGUCAUCGACAUCGUCAGCCUCACUUUUCCUCAUACACAAUUUGUAUUGGUUUUAGUUUGUGUUCUUUUGUGCAUGGCUUGAGUGGUGAAAUCUAGAGCCAUGAAUAAAAAAAACAUAACAAAUUACACGUUGAACCAGUCCACAAAUGAAGCCUACAGACCAAGAGAUCUAAAAGAAAUGUUCUCAGUGUUAAGCGUUUUGAAUGUGUUUCAUGUUCACAUUUUUGCAGCUUCCAAAUGAACAUGAUUGAUUGUGGAAAACAAGAGAUAAGCAGAGAAACAUGUCAGAACAUCCCACCUGCUUUACUGAUAGCUGUAUCCUUUUCGGCCAUUUCUACGUUUGGAUUCAGUUUGUGUUGCCAAUUAUGUCUUUCCAGUUAGAAAACCUGAAGCUGGAUGCAGGUUCAGCCUCUGCUCACUGAUCCACUGUGAAACCAGGUGCUAUUAGACAAGUGAAAAGCUCUCGAACUGAGUACAACAGUUACCUGCCAGUCAUAAUUAGCUGAACUAAAUGAAGGAUUAAAAUUUUAAUUAAUCUGCCGAGACCAUAUCAGAGAAAUUAAUCUCCAUACUGGUAGAUUCUAUGUCACUUUAAACUUCGCGAGAAAAGGUCUAAACUGGUUGUGUAAAUCAACAAACUUUACAACCUUCUCAGAGACGAGGCAAAUUUCUUGUAAAAUGUAUUCUUUUGAAGGGAACCUAUUUAUAUUUCUCUUUCCUGAGUCCAUUCCGUAACUUUGUUGCUGAUUUCUUGUUUGCUUUUUUUUGUUUGUUUGUUUGUCUUACUUAAUGGGUACUUCUACGUUUUAGAACACCUGGAUAGCGUAAAGAACAAUUUAGAAACUGUGCGAGGUGUAUCCGUAAGAACUCAAUAAGCUCUUAGCACUUGGCGCAGCACUGACACCACGUGUCUCUGUCUUGGCAGGAAAAAAAUAGACCUUUGUGUUUACAGGUUUACAGCUAUCUUUUAGGCAGUUACGUAAGAACUACUGAACAUGAUGGGUAUUUAUUGUGAGAAAUCUUUCAAAACCACGCUAAGCUCUCAAAACAUGCGCUACCUUCCGGCAUACACUGAUCAUAAUGUUGUGACCUCUGGCAGGUGGUGUGAAAGGAAAAACUUCAAAGUGUGGGAUUAAGACACUUUUUCACCAUCUCUUUGUGAUUUUGCGAAGUUAGCCAACCGUGGGCUCUCCCGUGGGCUCGCAAAGCGAGGUAUAGGCAGAGCCCACCGUUAGAUGACUUCUGGAAGAAUAAGCGACUUUGCCUCUCCAGAAUAUGAAGAAGCAAUUAAAGCUGUGCUGCAAAGAUACACUGAGUUCACCUUUACGAAGUUUGGCGCUUAUGAUUUUUAGCCAUACACACACAGGACAAGCUGGUCUGAAGUGUGGCUAAUAUAGUGUAGUGUUUUCAGGAACAGGUGUGGGAAAUAGAAAACACAUCACAGAUGUGAUUUUUUUUUUUUUUUUUUUUUUAACGUAUAAUGGUUGAUGAUCUCUCAAACCUGUAGUCGUUCCAUAAUUCUAGUAUGAGUUUUGAAAGCUCACACAUGCAUGGGCCAUUGAACGACUAGGGGAAUCCCAGAGAGAGCUUGGUCAAUGUGGGCUUACGAUGGAGCUUUUUCUGCAAGGGAGGCUUCUGAUUAUAUCUUCAUCGUGACAUAUGUUACUGUAUGGAAAACAGGCAGUGAGUGAAGAGUUUGUCCCAACAAUUGAUGGGUUGGAAAGAGUUUGAUCAGGGGGAAACUGGUGUGUUUUCAGAAAGGGGUCAUAGUAUUUCCAAGCUUUUGUUCACUGAGCAUCAGUAUCUGUCAAACGUGGUCCAAGGAGGUGAAUUGGCAACGGGGAAGCAGCUCAUUUAUGCACAUUGGAGUGAAGGCCAGACUGUACGAGCCAGACCAACAAACCUGCCAAGGUAGACCAUGUACAAUUUUUAACAACAGGAAGUUUUAUCCUUCAUUUGGCCUCCAAAUUCCUUAGAUUUCUGUCCAGUCUGUCACCGGUGGGAUUUGCUGAACAGCCAAUACAGCAGGUCGUCAUUUUAAACUUGAUCUGUAAAUGCUGCUGUCCUCAUUGGGUUUCCUUUGUCUUCUGCUAAAAAAAAAACAAAAAAAAAACAAA